AUGUCGCAGUUGGCGGAAGACCUGGAUGACAUGAAUCUGGGCAGCGCGGGACAGAAAUACGACCCUCAUGAUCCAUACGAUGAUCAUGAAUUUCAUCGCACGAAGCGAGCCGAGCGUCGUCAGGAAGGUAAGGCUGACUCCGCGGCUCAGGUCUCCGACAAGCCGCUUUCGGCUCGCUCAAGCGCUCAAGGUUCUUGUCACACUGGCGAAGAACGCGCUAGCUGUGCGCAGGGUACAAAGCAUUCAGAGCGUGUGAGUCGAUGCGAAGAGACUCAGAGAUCCAGUGACACCUGUGUGGACAAGAGUACCCAGCGGGCGUCUCAAUACACGUACGCACCGUCCCCGCAGGUUAAAGAAUCUGCUAAGCAUAUCGAGGACUUCUCUAAAGACCCCGUCUCUGAUUUGCCGACCUGUUCCGAGGACUUGCGAGAGAUUCAAAACAUAAAAGCGAAGCGCGCACGGCGGGAGCGGCGGGGCUUGACAAGGAGUGAGCUGUAUCACAGGCUUGACAAUGCCAAAAGCGACAAAGAGUACCGUGCUCUUGCAGCUGAGGUCGACAGGCGCAAGACUGUAGAGAGGCUGGUAGGUUUCAUCGGUGGCACUCGUUCCUCUGACAAGCGGACCCGCGAGUAUCUCGGGGAUGCUGGCUGGCAUAAGAGUCGUUAA